CCCAGAUCCAAUAAGUUAAGUGAAUAGUCAACUGAUCCAUGGAAUCUUACAGCCUGUCAUCACGCAACAUAACACAAAUCUUGCCCUCUUCUUCUCAAACCUCAACUGCAAUCCGCUCACAGGCAAUCUUAAAGUGAAAUGGGGUCAUCCUCUAUUCUUCUUCCCUUCAUCCUCCUCUUCGUCACCAUCUUUCUUGCUUUCCUUCAUUACUUCUUCAAUCGAAGACAACCAUCUUCAUCAACCUCUGUUCCAAGCCUUAAGAGCUACCCCAUCCUCGGAACACUCCCUCAUGUCAUCAAGAACAGCAAUCGGAUGCUCGACUGGUCAAUCGAGCUCCUCAACGCAAGCCCAACCGUCACCGUUUUCCCCUUAGUCUUCACCAGCGACCCCUCAAAUGUCGAGCACAUAACCAAAUCAAACUUCAGCAACUACCCAAAAUCAGAUUUUCUGAAGUCUUCCUUUCACGACUUGAUUGGCGAUGGAAUCGUCAAUGUCGACGGAGAGCCGUGGAAGCAGCAGCGCAAGCUCAAGCUCUCCAGCCACGAGUUCAGCAUAGGCUCUCUUCGAACUUUUGUGCUCGAAAGAGUUCAACAUGAGAUCCAAGAAGGCUUGAUUCCGUUGUUGGCAUCAGCCAGCAGCAGCGGGCAGGUUCUUGAUCUGCAAGAUGUGCUGGACAGAUUCGCAUUCGACAGCAUAUGCAGCGUAGUUUUUGGCUACAAUCCAAAUUGCCUAUCGAAGAAGGAUGAAGAAGGGAAUCGGUUUUUUCAUGCAUUAAAUGAGGCCACUGAUCUCAGCAUCGGUAGAGCUAUGCUUCCCUUCUCUGCAAUUUGGAAGCUGAAGAAGCUGUUCAAUAUUGGAUCAGAAAGGAGAUUGCGAGAAUCCUUAAAAAUCAUCAACAAAAUCAUCGCCAGAUUCAUCACGUCGAAACGAGUGGAUAAUGAGAGCGCAGAGAGCAGAGAUUUUCUCUCCCAAUUCGUGAAAGAUGGAACCCAAUCGAACAAGUCUCUCCGUGACAUGCUCAUCAGCUUCUUGAUCGCAGGUCGCGACACUACCCCCUCCGCGCUCACCUGGUUCUUUUGGAUCCUAUCAUCCAGACCGGACAUAAUUGAUAACAUCACGGAAGAGAUUCAAUCAAUAAGAAACCCCCACAAAUUGGGCGGGUCGUUCACAUUGGACUCUCUUCGCGAUAUGAAUUAUUUACAUGCGGCAAUAUCAGAGUCGCUUAGGUUGUAUCCUCCGGUAUCACUACAGGCACGAGAGUGCAGAUCUGACGAUAAAUUUCCCGAUGGGACUGUGGUCAAGAAAGGGUGGAUGGUGAUGUACAACACAUUUGCGAUGGGGCGAACAGAAAAGAUUUGGGGUGAGGAUUGCGAGGAAUUUAGGCCGGAAAGAUGGCUGGUGGAUGGAGUUUUUCGUGGGAGGAACCCAUUCGAGUAUCCAGUGUUUCACGCAGGCCCGAGGAUGUGUUUGGGGAAGGACAUGGCUUUUAUUCAGAUGAAGGCGGUGGCUGCGAGCGUGUUGGAGAGGUUUGAGAUGGAGGUGGUAGAGGAGAGAGGGGAGCAUAACGUAUCCAUGGCGUUGAGGAUGGGAGGAGGAUUGCCCGUGAAAUUUGUAGAAAGGAGCAGAUGAAGCAAUGGGAUUCAUAGUUUGUGACGUUGUUUCCCUUCCACAGACGUCAAUUUCAGUAGAUCGAAAGAGAAUUUAGAAACAAGCUGUAGUUUACUUGUCCUAUUGUGAUUUAAACUUUGUUUUUGCUUAGCAUAGUUUUGUCAUCUCCGGCUCCCCUUACUUAUCGCCUACAUGUUUGCCUAGCUCUAUCUUAUCCUCUUAAAUAUCGCCUACAAGUUUGGCCAGCCCUACUUGAUCGUCUCUCUACAAAAAGGAAAGUUCUUCAGCCUUGCCAGUUUCUGUGACAAUGCAGUAGAGUCCUUCCAACACCUCCUCCUACAACCAAGAAGCUUACCACUGAUUACCAUCACAUACUGAAUCCUUGUUACCUGUUUCCACAUCUGACAUGACUAACAUAUGUCGAACAUUCCUCCUAAUCAACAAAGACGUGGGUACGAGCAGGUUAGAGAGGCCUGAGAUGGAGGUCGGCGAGGAAUGUAACAGGUUUCAACAGUGUGGAGAAUGAAAGGAGGAUUGCCGGAGAGAGUGUGAUCAUAAACGUACCAAUUUUUUGAUGUGCUGAUUCAUCAGUGUGUUAACCAUGAAUAUGUAAAACAUCAUAAAAAAACAAA